GCCUUGUUCGGGAAUCGAACCCGGAUAGCUCUAUCCCCCAAUAGGCAGGAAACUUACCCCUUGACCAGAACGCUCCCCGCCUUAUCACGUCAAAUGUCACCGAUCAACAAACCGAUCAAAUUCCAUCGCUGCCCUCGUGUUGCAGUCACGAUUGUUUACAUCAAGGAUAAAAAAUUGGUGACAUCUCCGAUCACAUGAAGUAUAAGAUCAUCAAAUAAAACUAUGGACGUCAUUCUGUUUCAACCUUCUGAUUGGAGGAAUGAGUCAUUGAACUUUGCGUUUGAGUGAUACCGUCUCGUCACUUUAACGGUACCUCGGAAAGACUGUAACCCUGAAGCUGUCACUAGAUGAAGCUACGACAUCAAUGCCGUUGCGAGCUAGGUGUCCAAAUUCACACCUGUGAGUGCUGUGACCGGCCAGUUACACCAAGCCGUAAUGUGAUAUUACGACGUCACUGCAAUGACAGCGUUAAUUUUUUAUUUCCACAGCAUUUCAGUAUCCUUGUUUUGAUACAGUCGUGGAGCGAUUGCGGCGAUUGCAUUUAUUGCAUUUAUAGUGGCAUUUAUUGAUAAAAAAUAUUUUGGAGGACAGGUUUGAUAGAAAAGGGGGAUUUUGAAUGCACAAAGUAGCUGGCGAUUGGAAUCAAUGUCGUCUCAGCAAAACGCAGGUGUGGAGCUUUGCAGCUUUUUCAUCUUUAAUUCAACCUUUGGACCCCGGGAGGGUGAGGAGGAGAACAAAAUCAUAUACUACCACCCACCCUCAGCCGACAUCAACAGCAAGGUCAAAGAUGUCGGCCUGGUUGAAGCACUGGUGCAGUUCUCGAGAACAUUCAACAGUGAAUCUCCUCUACUCAGCAUGCAAACACUGAAGCAGAAGCACUUCUUCUUGGAACCAGAGAAAGACUUCUUUAUGACUCUGGUGGUGCGCCAGCCGGUGGAGGAGGUCACCAGGAACAACUCUCCGUACAAGGAGUACACCCCGGAGGCGGUACAGCAGUCGGUGUACCUCUCCGUGCUGCGACACAUGUACCAGAUGUACCGGCUGCUGCGCGGUACACUGGCGGCCCAGAGUCGGGAGGAGCUGGUACGCAGCACUGCGGAGAUAUUCGACAGCUACGUGCCCGUGCUGCGGCUCCAGCAGCGCGACAUUCGAGACGUCUACGGCGGCGUCCGCUUUCUCUCGCUGGACCGACUGGCCUUCCUGAAGCUGCAGAGCUUCGUCAACCAGCUGGAGGUGCUGCACCCCUUCAUCCGACACUCGGUCAUCUACUACAAACAGCAUCUCAUCUGGUCGGGUCUGGGUAAGACCAACAUGGGCAUCAUCCACUGGUACCUGGAGACGGUGCUGUUUCCCGAGUGUGGUCCCGAACGGCCGGCCGUCUGGAAGGACCGGACCGCACCCACCAGCGGAGUCUUCAUGUCCACCGAGGCAUCCGGUGACGGCACGGACUCGUUUCUGGCGCCGCCUAUCGUCCACCUGCGGAAGCACAACUGCACGGCUCUGCCGCUGGGCGGCGCUGCGGACGGCUGCAGCAGGGACGGGGAUGACAGCUGGAACGGCGGCGAUCCGGUGGAGGCGACGGACGAGCGGGCUCAGUUGGUACUCUACCGUCUGAGGGAUGUGGUGGUCGUCCUACUGGUGGACCUGGAGGUGCGCCUCACGCUGCCCCUCUGCCGGGAGUUGGAUGCCUCGAUGGCUGGUCCCGUACAGGAGCUCUCCACUCUACUGAGUAGCGUCAUCAAUGACGACAAGUCGUCGGGCAAAGACGACGGAGACACGAAACUGAUCUACUAUAACCGGUGUAACCGCGCACAGAAGAGCAGUCUGCACGGCCCGACGGCCGCCUCUGUGCCGUCGGACGCCCUCCAGCUGAUGGUCGACCUCCGAGAGGACGCACUCAGGUUCCAGGGUGACGGCGGUGCGAUCUUCGGUCGGGCCAUGAACGAGACCUGGGUGGCCGGCCGGGUCAACCCCAACAGGGAGUUCUUCUCCGUGGUCCAGCAGAAGAAUAUGAACCUUAUGGACGUCAACAAUGAGAUGGAGCAGCUCUGUAAGGAUCAGUUUAGUACAAUCUUCUUCCCGGCAUGAGCCAUCGGUGCCUUCCACCGAGCUCCUGCAAGUGGCGACUCUAUCAACAAGGUCCGGCUGGGCAUCGACCGGGUCUGAUCAAAGGCAACAGUGUCGGCUGUGUCUCUACAAUAGCGACGAUGCCUACUGAGUAUUGGUUGACGACACAAAGUCCAUGCAAUGAAGACGAAUCAGAGGAACGCUUACACUGGAAGAUGAUUAGGAAGGGUCUCUCAGCCCGCUAGCGUCUCCUGAGAUUCCUUGCAGUCUCAGCUACUCGUCGACGAGCUAAGGAUGAUCAGAUCGGGCAUCGACCAACAGCCUUACGGCACACUCGCGUCGCAAUUACCAAACGACCUGACAGCUCAUACCCACUCCGUCUACCACGGUCUGAGCUAGCGAUCAGUGACCCGCCGUUGUUCCCUAUCACAACUGGGCAAUGACUCGGUCACGAACAUCGGUCCUUUCUAGCGAAGAGAGGGGGAGAAAAUGAGAAGAGAAGUAGCGUCGGACUCCUGAUAAUAUAGGCGAUAUGUGGUGUGAGUUCCUCUGUGACAAUGUGAUUGGAGAUACGCGGACUUCAGCGCUGACCUGCACUGACAUUAAGUUAGGAGGAAGAUAUGAGCUUGUAACGCUGAUACGCUGCUCCGUUGUGGAGGAAGACAGAAGAAUGCUACAACUCAGACUGAGUGUUGGUACUUGGUAUUAGCUAAACGGCUGUGGUAUGUGGGCGAAGGUGUGAUGAUAUGUUUUACCCGGCGGUAUAACUUACGGCCCGAUUUGAAGCCAUCUUGGACACGAUGUGAAGAUAGACCGCCGACGUAUUCACAUGUGCCGAUUUCAGAAUGUGUGCUCGCAUUAUUGGCACAGUGAUUUAAGUGACCUGUAAUCUGUCGCUUUGGUUGUAUGUUUCAUACCCACAAUCCUGAAAAUGUAUGGGAAAAUACUGUGAUAUGGCGUAUACCUCUGUAGCUCAUAAUACAGACAAAUCACCAAAA